CUACCAGCCGCAGAAGACAACGAAAUAGUUUUAACAGAGUUGGCAGUACGGAACACUGUCAAUAGAAUAUUCUCCAUCCUGAAACUGCCCCGACUUGCGAACAAAACGAGGUUCACAGAAUUCGCGUUAAUUCACAACUUCUUCGUGACCAUCACGUUACAGGAUCACGACAAUCUGAAAGAAAUAGCUAGACUAGCUAAAGUUGAGAACAUCGAUAACAAUACGCAAUAUUUUAUUACCGAGAUAAAUGAGGUACUAAAUGAAGACGAUAAAAGCCAUGAUACUACUGAUGAUGUUGUAACGACUCACAUCGAAGCGUUUAUAAGAAAGCUGGAAUAUUUGAAGUAUCGAUAUAAGUUCACCGACAAUGCUGCUGCUUUUGGGAUAAAUUCAGAAGUGUUGACUCAUUUGAAGACUACUGAUAAUUUAAAUAACUUCACAACAGUUGCUGAUGCAACUACUGAUGAAGAUGGUUAUAUUCUCACUGACAGUGAAUUCUGGCGACCUAGUGGUCGGCGCAUUUAUCAAGGGCGCAGAGAAAAAAUCAAGCGGUACCCGUUCAUGGCAAGCGUCCAUUUCUUCAAGAAAUUCCAGUGCGGCGGCUCCAUCAUCAAGUCUGAUUUAGUCAUCACUGCUGCUUCAUGUUUACAAUUGGCAUGGAACAACCGGUUCUUCAGAGAGAACCCGUCUUUCCUCUCCGUGCAAGUUGGCUGCGACUUGUACGAGGGCGGCGAUGAGAACAUCCCCAUCGUGCAGGUCUACUUCCAUCCCGAGUACAACCCGCAGAACUUGAGGAACAACCUCGCCAUCAUGAGGUUACUUCGGGUCCUGAAGUUCGGCAGGCGCGUCACUAAGAUUAAGAAGAUAGACUUCGAUAGAUCACCCUGGCCACUGCCUUAUAAUACCGACGGAAUCACUAUUAUUGGUUGGGGAGCGAAAUCCAGUAGCAAUGUCGUUCGUAACAUUUUUUCUAAUCACCUCGCGUCUGCCGAGCUGGACUUCUACCCUUUGAAGGAAUGUCAAGACGUUUAUUCCAAAGAUUUCGUGACCUACCAGAACUUUUGUGCUGGAUUCUUCUCAAAGGGAGGUGGCGCAUGUAAUCGUGAUGUUGGCGGACCAGGUGUCGCCCACGGCGUUCUAGUUGGAGUCGUCAGCUUCGGCUCACCCAACUGUGGCGCCCCUGACGCCCCUACAGUCUUCACUAAGCUUGGCUACUACACCGACUGGAUCGAAAGCAUCUUAGAAAUGAGGAUUGCAACUGGAGUAAAAAGGACAACAGAAAGGCCAAUGAAAGUAUCUUACGACUUUUUGCAAUUCUUGAGUACUACAAGACAAGAAAGGAUCCAGCCGGUGACUGGGACUGGGGAGUCCGGGACAACUGAACCAUCUUUACCAAUACUUAAUGUUGACGCUUUGAGAACCUUAGAUGAAAAUAAAGAUUUCAAAGAUUUUAUCAAAACUAUGUUUGGUGAAGAAGAAGUGAAAGAAUAUAUUGAAGAAUAUGAUUACGGAGUUGAUAAACCAGCUGGGGCCAAACCUCAGGUUGCUGCACCGUCUGCAGGAAGAGCUGCAGCAACUGCAGGAAGGUCUGAAGUAAAACCUCAACGUGUAACUACGACAGCAUCACCAAAAAUUAAAAGUCAAAUCCAACAAAACAUCAGCCUUCCUGAAGACCCACAAGUGGGAUCAGUCAAAAUGGUGACCUCAAUGGACAAUUUUGACAGAAUAGAAGUUUCUAGCGCAGAAGAUGAAGAUUCUAAAGUCCCUACUACUGUUGAAGUACCAGGAUACACGGCUUUAAAAAAUAAGCAGAGCGCCAAAAAUGUUGAAGAGAGUAUUGCUAAGUUGAUAGACGAUAUUGACAUAGAAGAAAUAUUAGAUUUUGAACCAGGAGAUUCUUUGGAUAAAAAUGCAAGUGUGUCCAAGGUCGGCGCAAAGCGACAGAAACCUGAAAAGUUACCCGAAACAGCAUCGAACGACAGUACUAGUUAUGAAUAUGAAGAAGAUUCCGAUAAAGAAACCAACCCAGUGCUGGCUUUACUUGAAUUAACUAAAAAUAAAAUGAAGCAGCAAAAGAAACAGAGGAAAGUGAUAGAAGAAGAUAAAGGCCUGGAGAUCCCCGUGGCAGCGUUUAACGAUUUCACUUUCAGACAUAACGCUACGACGAAAGCCUCUGGCGUUUUAGACAUAUUCUCUCAGAGGGAUCUAAUGAGAUUGCUAACUGAAGCUGUAGCUGAUGCAACGAAAAACAAAUCAAUGAAACUGUAA